AACCUGGUCCUAAGACUCACCUGUGCGGGGGCCUGAGGCCGGGCCGGGGCCAGAACUCACCUGAGCCGGCGGAAACCUGCCCCGGAGGGCGAGGCACCCCCCCGGGCCGCCGCAGCCGAGCGCCCCUUCGUGGGUCCGCGCGGCGCCAUGACCUGGAGCGCCACCGCCCGGGGCGCGCACCAGCCGGACAACACCGCGUUCACGCAGCAGCGGCUCCCCGCCUGGCACCCGCUGCUGUCGGCCAGCAUCGCGCUGCCGCUCUUCUUCUGCGCCGGCCUGGCCUUCAUCGGCCUGGGCCUGGGCCUCUACUACUCCUCCAACGGCAUCACGGAGCUCGCGUACGACUACACCGGCGACUCGGGCACCGGCAACUGUUCGGUGUGCGCCACGGCCGGCCAGGGCCGCGCGCCGCCGCCCCCCUGCUCCUGCGCCUGGUACUUCUCGCUGCCCGAGCUCUUCCAGGGCCCCGUGUACCUCUACUACGAGCUGACCAACUUCUACCAGAACAACCGGCGCUACGGCGUGUCCCGCGACGACUCGCAGCUGAGCGGGCUGCCGACCUCGCUGCGCCACCCGGUCAACGAGUGCGCCCCCUACCAGUACAGCGCGGCCGGCCUGCCCAUCGCGCCCUGCGGCGCCAUCGCCAACAGCCUCUUCAACGACUCCUUCUCGCUGUGGCACCAGCGCCAGCCCAACGGGCCCUACGUCGAGGUGCCGCUCGACCGCACCGGCAUCGCCUGGUGGACCGACUACCACGUCAAGUUCCGCAACCCGCCGCUGGUGAACGGCAGCCUGGCGCUGGCCUUCCAGGGCACCGCGCCCCCGCCCAACUGGCACCGGCCGGUCUACGAGCUGAGCCCCGACCCCAACAACACCGGCUUCAUCAACCAGGACUUCGUGGUGUGGAUGCGCACGGCUGCGCUGCCCACCUUCCGCAAGCUGUACGCGCGCAUCCGCCAGGGCAACUACUCGGCCGGGCUGCCGCGGGGUGCCUACCGCGUCAACAUCACCUACAACUACCCGGUGCGCGCCUUCAGCGGCCACAAAUGCCUCAUCUUCAGCAGCAUCUCGUGGAUGGGCGGCAAGAAUCCAUUCCUGGGCAUCGCCUACCUGCUGGUCGGCUCCCUCUGCAUCCUCGUGGGCUUUGUCAUGCUGGCCGUCUACAUUCGCUACCAGGACCAGAACGACGACGAGGAGGACGACGAGUGAUUCCUGCUUUCAAAGUACCCUUUCUGCUCCUUGCCAAAACUCUUGCAAACUUCUUUAGGCUUCUCCCUCUCGACUGUCACCCAAUUCCAACUUCGCCUCACUUUGCCUCCUGUUGUGGAUGAGGGGACCAGAGAGAGAGAAAUUAACACCCGAUCAGGGGCUUCCAGGCUCUUUUAGGGUGUUUGAACUGCUAGAACGAGACAUUCCUACAAAUUUCCCCCAUCUCUUUCACGAGUGGACACGUUAGGUUCUUUGAGCGAGGAAUGGACGCUUGCUUAGACACGCUUAUUCAGCCCCCAUCUGAUGAAGAGACAGACAUGUAGAUGUUAAAGAACUCGUUUGAGAUCUGACAGCUACUCAUUGGCUCCUGGUUCUGAUUCUGACUCUGAAGCUAGAGCUUUAACCACUGUGGUACAGUGGUUUUCUUUUCUUGGGGGUAGGGGUAAGGGUAGAGAGUGAAGCCCACAAAUAACCAGCAGAGGCAUGGAGGAGUGGAGGAGAACAUACUCUUUUAAAAUGUAGAUAGAUUAGAAGGCCCCAUCCCCAGAAAUUCUGACACUAUAAUAUGGCUUUGGUGAGACCCUCGAGGCUGCAGUUUUAACAAACCCAUCUGGAGAUUCCUCCUGUAUUCCCUCAAGUUUGGGAAUCAGUGCCCUGAACCAGGCAGCAAGUAGGAAGCUGUUUCCCUACUCCCUCAUAUGUCUGAGGCUAAGUGUGACUCCGUCACUGCCGUCCAGUUUUUCAGGUGGUCGUCUUUUCCCAGGGGCAGUGACAAGCAUAAUGUUCCAAGUUUGGUCUCACUCCUCCUUGAACAUAGGAAGCUCUCUGUAAGAUGCAGAGUAAGUGAAAACAGCAAGUUGGCAUAUAGAUUUGCAGAGCAGGGUUUGUAACAAUUCAUUUGCUAUUUUAGUGCAAGAAAUGUAAUUUUUUUUUUUUUUUUUUUUGGCCAGGUACUGUGUAGAGACUUGAAAAUGUCAGGUCAGUUUGUACAGUUCAGUGGGAAGGUUUUAACCUUAAAAUCAGAUAGCUGAAGGGGACCUUAGAGGGAAAAUGUUUUUCCUAAAGUCAUAUUGUGACUCAGUCUUGUCAUCUAAAUGAUUUUUUAUGCUUAGUGAUUUUUUUAUGCUUAUGUUUCUCAUACCUUUUCCCUUGUGUCAAAAAAAAAAUUAAUGUUCUCAAAUGAACCAUGUUUGUUUUUAAUAAUAUGUUGAAGUGAAUACUAAGAAAUUAGUCUUAUGUAAAUUAGACUCUUAAAAAUUAUUUGAACCAUUGAGAUAAUGUUAAACUUUGACUACUCUAAAAUCAUUCUAAUAUAUUGAUAUAUAAAGUUACUGUAAGAAAAUAGAAUUUUUAAAAACCCUUUUAUGGCAAAAGAACUUUAAAAAGUGAGAUCAUCUGCACAAGUUUAUUUGCUGAAAGCAAACAGUUAUUUGGUCUUCUGUCAGACUUCUUAGUGCCUGUUCUCUAUUACAGCUACUUUUCAGUUACUACAAUUUUUGCUCAUGCCUAUAAAGCAAGGCAAUACUUUGAAGUUUUUUUUUUUAUUGAGUAGUCACAGAAAUAUUGAAUUGUACUGAAUAAUUUAUAUUAAUUUUAUUUUAUUCUUCUGGUUCUUUGAAAAAUAAUAGACAUAGACAGCAUGCAUGUUCGCUGACAUGUGUUGGAUCUUCUGGAACAGUUGUGACUUAAGAGAUUCUGUCCCAGUAUUUACAUAAGCCAAAAAAUGUUUUAUAAUCCAAGUAUGUUGGCUUCCUAACUCCUGAUAUGACACAAUUUUACUGUCAGAUUGUGUAGUGUGAUUUUAGACUGUGGAUAUGUGAUUAUAUGUAUAUAGAGUAAUUUUUAUUUAUCAUGAAUUUUUGAUCAAUCGACUGCUUCUUUAUAAUUUACCACAUUUUUUUACUACUUAGUUGAGAAGAACCAUGUAUAUUACUAUCAUUUUUACAAUAUUCAUUGCUAUAAAAUUUUAAGAGUCUACAAAAUUAAAGGUAUUCUGAUUAAAUCAA